ACUAAACGGUUAUCUUGACAAAACCAAAAAGUAGUGUAGCUACUACCGUAGUAGAUAGAAGAAUUAAGCACAGCUUUCACUAUUGCAAAAGUGUCCCAAGUUUCAACAUCAAUGGCAGAAGCUACAAAAAAGUAUGCAGUUGUUACAGGGUCCAAUAAGGGGAUUGGCUUCGAAAUAUGCAGGAAGCUGGCCUCAAAUGGGAUCGUGGUGGUGCUAACUGCUAGAGAUGAGAAAAAAGGCCUUGAAGCUGUUGAAAAGCUGAGAGAGUUUGGGCUGUCUGACCACGUUGUAUUUCAUCAGCUUGAUGUGGCGGAUCCUGCUAGUAUAGCUUCCUUUGCAGAUUUCAUUAAAACCAAUUAUGGGAGGCUCGAUAUAUUGGUCAACAACGCCGGGAUCGCUGGAUCUAUAGUAGAUGGAGAUGCUUUAGCUGCUUCAGGUCUUGGUAAGGAAGGUGUCAAUGUGGAUUGGAGUAAAAUAGUGACCGACACUUAUGAGUUAGCUGAAGAAUGCCUGAGAACAAACUACUAUGGCGCCAGAGGAAUGAUUGAAGCACUUCUUCCAAUCCUCCAGUUGUCCAAUUCACCAAGGAUUGUUAAUGUUUCCUCUUCCAUGGGACACUUAGAGAAAAUACCAAAUGAAUGGGCUAAAGAAGUGUUAGGUAAUGCUGAAAGCCUAACAGAAGAAAGAGUAGAUGAGGUAUUGAAUGAAUAUCUGAAAGAUUUUAAAGAGGGUUCCUUGGAAACCAAAGGCUGGCCUAGAUAUCUGUCUUCUUAUAUAAUUUCAAAAGCAGCUAUGAAUGCCUACACAAGGAUUGUGGCCAAAAAGUACCCAUCUUUCCGAGUUAAUUGCGUCUGCCCUGGCUAUGUCAAGACAGAUAUAAACUACAACAAUGGCUAUUUGACGACUGAUGAAGGUGCUGAAAGUGUUGUAAAGUUAGCGCUCCUGCCCAACGAUGGUCCUUCUGGCCUCUUCUUUUAUCGGAAUGAAGUGACAACUUUUGAGUAUGCAGUUGUUACAGGGGCCAAUAAGGGGAUUGGUUUUGGAAUAUGCAGGAAAUUGGCCUCAAAUGGGAUCAUGGUGGUGCUAACUGCUAGAGAUGAGAAAAAAGGCCUUGAAGCUGUUGAAAAGCUGAGAGAGUCUGGGCUAUCUGACCAUGUGAUUUCAUUAAAACCAAAUAUGGGAAGCUUGAUAUAUUGUUCAACAACGCCUGGAGCUAUAAUUGAUGGUGAUGCUUUAGCUGAUUCAGGUAAUGAUAUGCAAGGUGCCAACGUGGAUUGGAGUAAAAUAUUGACUGAAACUUAGAAGUUAGCUGAAGAGUGCCUGAAAACAAACUGCUAUGGUGCCAAAGGAAUGAUUGAAGUGCUCCUUCCAAUCCUCCAGUUGUCCAAUUCACCAAGAAUUGUUAAUGUUUCCUCUUCCAUGGGGCACUUAAAGAAAAUACCGAAUGAAUGGGCUAAAGAAAAGUUAGGUGAUGUUAAAAGCCUAACAGAAAAAAGAGUGGAUGAGGUAUUGAAUGAAUUUUUGAAAGAUUUUAAAGGGGGUUCCUUGGAAACCAAAGGCCGGCCUAGAUAUACGUCUGCCUAUGUGCUUUCAAAAGCAGCUCUCAAUGCCUACACAAGGAUUGUGGCCAAAAAGUUCCCGUCUUUCCGAGUCAAUUGCGUCUGCCCUGGCUAUGUCAAGACAGAUAUAAACCGCAACACUGGCUACUUGACAAUUGAUGAAGGUGCUGAAAGUGCUGUAAAGUUUGUGCUACUGCCCAACGAUGGUCCCUCUGGCCUCUUCUUUUAUCGGAAUGAAGUGACAACUUUUGAUUGAGAUUAUUCAUUUCUACCAAUUCUCAAGGAUAAAAAUGCUAAUGAAUCUGCACUUUUCCUUGCCUAGUUUACUAUGUCUUGAAUCACAAUUUAAUUGUCUAUUUGAAAACAAUGGCAUAAAGUGUAUGCAGAGAAUAAGUGUUUUCACUUGGUGCAUGUAAUGUCAAUUAUAUGCUUUUAGUAAUGCAAUUGUGAAGAAUCUUUUGUUC